AUUGUUCAAAGAAUACGACUGGCAUUCAAGACAUUACGAACUAUUUAGAAUCAUAUUGGAAGGCAGGAGACGCCGUGUGUAGAAAGAAAUGUACGUCUUUUUUUGUUAAGGAAAAGGGAGAGAACAAUUCACUUAUUUUUGACAGGUGUGGAAUUACUGGCUGCAAUAGUUACACCAAGUCAAUCCUCGUUAAAUUCGUCUGCAGUGAACGCCAUAACCCAAUUCAUCUGUCGAGAAAAAUAUAAAGAACCCGGCCUUAUGUCGUGUUGGAUAAAUAUCAUGUCGACCUUAGUGCAUACAGAAGUCAUUGAUCUUACCAAUGUAAUACAACUAUGCAACGUUUUAUUUAAUGAAAUCGCUAUUACAAAAUUAUCCCAGCAAACUCGAUACAAGAUAUUACUUGCACUAGGAAAAAUAAUUGAUACAUAUUCAUCAGAACUACAAAGAUCCAAGAUCAAUUUCAUUGAAGGCUUUAUUCACUGUAUGGAUGGUGAAAAAGACCCACGAAACCUAAUAGUCGCAUUUGCACUUGUUCGUGCCAUCAUUGAAAGAUUUGACAUAUCACGACAUAUCGAGGAUCUGUUUGAUGUCGUCUUUUGUUAUUUUCCUAUUCACUUUGCAGCACCCAAUGACAGUACGCUUGAGAUAACCACCGAAGAUUUAAAACUGAGCCUUCGUCAGUGUUUAUCCGCCACACCUUAUUUCGCGUACUAUGCAACACCUCUGCUUAUAGAGAAGCUGUUGUCGACAACAGGUAGCGCAAAACGAGAUACGAUGGAAACGAUUAGUCUAUGUGCACCAGCCUAUGGUGCUCAUGCCAUCUUACCACACGUACAUGAUCUAUUUGACGCUUUAACAAAAGAGGUCUAUAUGGGUACGGAUGCAGCCAUGGUUCAUGUUGCUCUCGACACAAUCCAUAACGUGGUAUCGACCCUGGGAACAGGCAUUAGUAUUGCCAACAUUCGUGAUCCAGUCGAAAAAUCUAUUGACACUUUACUCGCUCAGUGCAUCGAAAGACUAAAGGAGCCAGAACUCAAGAACGCACGAUCAUCUGCAUUCAUUCUGAGAGCAGUUGCCUCAGCCUCUGAUCCUGCCUGCACCUCCGUCACUCACGCCGUCCUGCCGAUUAUUUACCAAGAGUACAAGCCAACUGACCCGCCUCAACGACGAAAGGCAGUACUGAAUAUUUUGACCGAACUGCUGAUAGCAAGUAAGAAGCUUUAUGGGUCUGUAGAAGACGUUGGUUACGAUCGAGAUUUCCAAACGCCACUGUUGAUGUACAAGCAACAGAUCCUGCAAGUCUUUGUGUUAUCCUUGAUUGAUCCUGAUACAAUACUACAGCAGGCGAGCCUCAAGGGAAUACACGAGAUGGUAUUGAUGAAACAGUUUUUGAAUAAAGAGGAGAUGAACAUCACGGUCAGCCAUUUAACCCGCCAGCUUGGCAAUGAAGAUGGACAUAUCCGCAACCUUUGCAUGACAACGCUCAGGAUUAUCUCAAAGCUUCUUCCAGAAUCGAUUGCUGAGCAUACAGUUCCAGCCGUCCUGUGUGAACUUGCUGAUCAAACGCAUGGACUGGGGAACUAUCAGGGUGCUCUAGCGGCUAUACAGACUCUAGGGGUGCAUCCGGCGCUUUUCAAAAUAAUCAUAUGUCCAUUAUUGGAAAAGUUAAAUUAUGCAUGCAGUCAUAUAGGCCAAGACAAUUCAGUGUACUGCCAUGAAUUGGCCGCAUGUAUAUUAGCCAUCUAUCAGGCAACCAAGAAAGAGUGUGUGGAUAUUGGUCAUAGGAAGAUAUUGCCAUUUGUGUUGAAUGGUUGUAUAUCCAGUAUGAUCCAAUCCAAGUGGUAUUUGGAUGAUCAUCUAAUUGAAACCUAUGCUAUAAUGCUGGCAAUCACUACUCGAUUGUUACAAAUAAGUGACCAGAAGGAACUGAUAGACAACAUUUGGAAGGUGUUUGUUUAUGGUCAAUAUGAAAAUCAAGUAUACGAACAGAUAAAGAUAACAAGUAAAACGAGUCAUCUAGCUGCACAGCUAUUUACUGCUAUUGUUGGCAACUGUCAUAAAAAUGUACAACUACCCGUAGGCGAUAUAACUGAAUUUUUAAAUACACUUUUGGAAGCUGCUCUAGACUCUGAUUUUGCAUUGUCCACUACGCUAUCCAAAACAGUAGCGGUUAUUGUAAACAAAUGGAUGAAUGAACAAAUGCUAAACUAUAUCUAUCAAGCGACUCAACAACGUCUUUCACCCUUAUUACAUGAAAUAGAUUUAAAUAAAAAGAAGACAGGCUUCAAUAUAUUCAUCUGGUUAAUUAAAGCACUAGUGAUGCGAGGGCAUCCAUAUGGGUUUGAACUGUUGGAUAGUGUUGUUAUUCAGCAAUGCGGUUCAAUCGACAUGGGUAAAGAUGCUGCUGCUUGCUUCACCAUACUGUUACAUGAUGAUGAUUUUAUAUUAUGCAAAUCGGCACAUGCCAAUAUAUCAAUACUAUAUAAGCAGAGAGUAUUCAAUCAUUGUUCAAAUACGUUUAUCCGCAAGUCUGAAUCUGCUGAUCCUCAGUGGCCAGAAUUUCAAACCAACUAUUUACUGGCUCUUUUAUAUAUGCUGCAGAAAGUACCAUCACAAGCAAUCAUUAAUGAAUUGCCCAAGCUUAUGAUGCCGAUCAUCUUGUCACUUUCAUCUCAUGACGUAAACCUUAUUGUUCUAACGCUAAAAGUAACACAAGAUAUGAUACCAAACGCUCAAGCAACCAUUGUACAACAUCUCGGUUCAUUCAUUCAUGCGUUGCUCAGACUGACACGCUUUCCUGAUGUUCAAGUCAGACUGUUGGCACUGGAUAUACUUUUUCGUCUAGCUCAAAAAGGCAAGUCAGACAUAUUAUCUCCGUUUAGACCAUCGGUUGUCAAGGAACUGACAUCCGCUUUGGAUGAUAAGAAACGAAUUGUGCGUAAACACGCAGUAGACUGUAGAGAAAAAUGGUUUGCUAUCAAGAAAUAAGACACCCCCUUAAGAAAAAAAAAUAGUUUUUCCGUUCCUUUUGGCCAACCUCGGCUGUUGAGCUUUUUGUUUAUAUGUAGUCAAUUUUCAAAGGAUACUGUUUAUGUUGAUCCCC